ACUACUUCAGUCAGUGAGUCGGUGAGCAUCUCGUGUGUGUGGUUUUUGAGUGGUCUUGGAGUCUACACUUUGGUAGUCUAUAUAAUGUACCAGAUCCUGAUGAGCAUCAGCAUAUUGACUAUAUUUGUUAGCAUUUUUUCUGUGAGUGCUUACACUACACCAUAUCCAAUAAAGUAUCGCAAUAGAGUCCUUGACAAUUGCGUGGAGACUGGCCACCAACGUGCCAUCGACUUUCUCGAGAUUCUAGGUCUGUGGAAGGUGGUAGAAGUGAUUGAGCACAGUGAGAGAUACACAGAUCGUCACAACUACCUCCGUACAGUGGCUGGAUCCGAGUCUUGUCCUAGGGUUCACUUUGCGCAAAAGGAUGACGAAUUAAGAACGGUCCGAAUGUUGUGGAAUGAAGAAGGAGGCUACAUUCAGUUUGAGUUCCGAAUGACAAACAUUAACAAUCCAGGAUUCUGGCUGUCCAAUGAAUGGCAAACUGGGACAUUGGUGGACAGCAGUUACAACCACUUCUCUGGCACAGUGCAAGUGAUGAAGGCUGUCCAGUCACAUCUGGUGUUGACAUUCUGCUCUCCACAGGAGAAGCACUUCAGCGUCAUCCUGGCACGGAACUACCUCAGUCAAGAAGAGAUCCGUGGAGUUCACAAACAGCUGAGUAGAAUCAACCUGCCUCUGGUCAACAUCCAGAGCUAUUGCAACUCUGGCGUUCUGAAUGUAUCGUCUCUUACGAUCAUAGUGUUGGCAAUAUCUAUAUCCUGUAGGCAAUGGAUGGCUUAAGUGAGAUUGUUAUUCUUGGGAAUGUCUUUGAAGGAUGCUUACUCAUUGACUUUUAACAGUGAUGAUAAACAUUUGGAUUAAAAAGUUGUGUUGGAAAGGUUGUAUAGUGUAUGAAAUGAUUUUAGUUAGCAUACAAAUAUUUUUGUCCAUGAUUAUUGUAAAAUACUAAGUAAUAUUUAGACCUAUUACCAUAAUUGAGUGGUGUAAAACAAGAAGUUAUUUUUUUACCAUAAUGGCUUCUUUAGCAUAGUUAACAAAUAUUUAGCCUUAAAGGGUUAUGUAAAUAUUAAAUGUAUC